CCACCCCCCCCGGUUCAACGUGGCCGCCGCCUCCACUACAACCACCGCAGCAGCAGCAGCCGCCUCCUCCUCCUUCGCGAUGCCGUCCAAGAAGAAAAAGUACAACGCCAGGUUCCCGCCGGCGAGAAUAAAGAAGAUCAUGCAAACAGAUGAAGAAGUCGGGAAAGUGGCGGCUGCUGUCCCUGUCAUAAUCUCUCGGGCCCUGGAGCUGUUUUUAGAGUCUCUCUUAACCAAAGCCUGCCAAGUAACGCAGUCUCGAAAUGCGAAGACCAUGACCACAUCCCACUUGAAGCAGUGCAUCGAGGCCGAGCAGCAGUUUGAUUUCCUGAAGGACCUCGUCUCGUCCGUGCCCGACGUUCAGGGGGAGACGGAGGAGACCAAUGCCGACGGAGAGAAGGUCGUCAAAAGGGGAAGACCUUUGGCAAUUCGCGACCGGGAGUUCUGCAGGGACGUCAGGAGAGGUGGCCCAGGACGAAAAAAUUCAAACGGAGAGAGGAGUGGAGUUGGAGCAAAAUCCAAAGACAAGAAGCAGUCUGAGUCAGACUCAGACCAGGAGGAGGGUUCAGAGGAGACCGUGUCGGAGGAUGAGGACGAGGAGGCGUCGCAUUCCAGUGCCGACAAAGCAGGAAACAUGGCAAAAACGAUUCCAGCCGUGUACACGGCAACGAGCCUCGCUGGAGCGAGCGUGCCGGGCUGCCGCUUCUUCCCGCUGCCUGUGCCGAGCGUCGCCAUGCCGAGCGUCGCCAUGCCGACCCCGCCGGUGGCGCGCCCACCACCGGCGGCCGACGGCGACGACGAUGAUGACGAGGACUACGACUCCUAGGGGCGGCCGAAAGUCGUUCCGUUUUAACCCCCAUUCAACACGUGUACAAUUCAUUUUCUUCACCCACCACCCAUGUAAUUUUUCCCAUUUGUUUUUCUUUCUAUACAAUGAGAUUUUGCGAAAGCAAGAAAACGCAGGAUUUUUUUUGUUCCGUUUUUGGUGUUCGUGUAAUUACUGGCGUGGAUGGGGGGGGGGGGUUGAGUUUGGCAGUCGUUUGCAUUGAUUCCAUUUGUGCUUUGCACAAUUUAAAGUGCUGGUGUAGGUAAGGAAACAAUGGCUUGUGAUCUUUAUUUUUUCCUUUACUCCCUUACCUGCCUAAACUUAACAAAUGUUAAUUUGGCACGAAUGGGUCAGCAGGUUGGAAUGCAGCGAGUAGGAGAUGUUGCAUUGAUCGUCGUGCCACUCCAGGUAGCAUUGCAUGACGCAGCAGUGCUAGCCCGAACGCUUGUCUAGCGAAUUAUUAUUUACAUUUUUGGAACGUGUUCACUUUUGAAAAUACAUGUUAUCGCACUUGUUUAAUCUAACUCUUGGAGCUGGCCCAGACAUUGGAACCAAUGCAAAGCCACCGAAUGUCAAACUAGUCAUGUGUACAUAGAGUUUUGUGACUUGGGUUUUAUUCCUGCGGAUGUUUUAACUUUUUAGAUUUGUAAGCCUUGUAAAGAGUUAAUUUGGUUUUACUUGUGCUUCUCAUGCUGUGUAUGAUGGACAGUGCCCUCACAUAUACACAUAGUACAACGUGGCCGUGAUUCCCCCAAGACGUGUUGACCCGAUUUCUCCAGACAUUGUGGUUGAGAGAUAUAGAGAAAUACACUGUUGUUUGUAUGACCUGAGAAUUUGUAUAGUUGUCCUGCAUCGUAUUUGCGGCGGUGCUCAGCCACUCUGUAAGAGUGAAGCUAAUUUGGGGUCGUUGCUAAGGACAUUGGAACAGAUGUUUAAUGGGUGUCGAUCCAUAAAACCGGUUGUGAUAACUAAAAUGGUUUUAUUCAGUUUUUGGUUCACAAAAUAUAUUGUCCAAACCACUUCAGUUAAUAAAUUAAACUUUUUUCUAAAACUAUAAAACUCCUUCAGCCUGAUAUAAUUAUUCGGUGUUAGAUGUGUCACAUCACUUCGUUCCGCAGCUUUCACUUUAUGCCUCAUUUCCACAGAAUGCCAAUGUCCCACUUUCACUGUCUUGAUGUACGGUUGCAGUUAUACACCACGUAAAUACAUUGCAUUUCG